CUAAGGAAUAAAUAAACGGCGUGUAGAAAAAUAUCUUCGAUUAGGACAUAUUGACGUAAAAAAUUGAGAUGAAGGGAAGACAGUACAAGAACUUUCAGUAGGGAUUUUUAGGUUAUUUGCUUCCUGCUUCAGCGCGAUGUUGAAUGUCACUCUGCGGACAUUUUGCUGAAAACGAAGAGAAAUUGUUAAAUUGAAACCUUUUCCAGGAAUUAACUGAACAGUAGCCUGCCAGUCCAAGCUUCGACUCUAGCCAGUUAUGUCGUUUCCUACGCGAGAGGAACGCGCCAAGUGUUGGGACGCCCGGGACCAGUAUUGGGACUGCCUGGAUAAAAAUUCGGGAGCAGCAAAAGACCAAAAGGAUAAGAACAACGUCUGUGCCGGAUUCCGGAAAGUGUACGAAGAGUCGUGUUCCGCGCAGUGGGUGAAACAUUUCGAUAGGAAGAGGAACUAUCUUAUUUUUAAGGAAAAGAUUGAGAAAGAAGGGUAUGAACCGUUAGAUUCUGCGAAUACUCGAGGGAAAUAAGCAAAAAAAAGACCCUGUUCGGGACUUUGGAUAAUCCAGGUAUCUGACAACUUUUUUAGUUAUUGUAAACUUAUAGGAAGAAAACCUACCUGUUUUCUGCGAAGAGUUCGGGAGACAUUUUUUAAUUAUUAACAAUUUAGUGCAAAAAACGAGAUAUUUUAGAUGUUUUGCACCCCAAUUAAGAGCUAAAUAGUUAAUAUAAAAUUACAAAAUUUUGAAUUUUUAGUACAUUAAGGGCCGGUUGUUCGAACGCUUAUCAACAAUGAUCACUAUCAAAUAUUUAAUUACUGUCACAACUGUCAAUGUCAACUUUGCUUGGGUUGCUGAAAACAUAAUUGAUUAUAAUUAUGAGAUCAGUUAAUCAAUUAACAUAACAAUUAUUAACAUAAUUGAUUAACUAAUUUCAUAAUUGUAAUCAAUAAUUAUGUUUUCAGCAACCCAAUCAAAGUUGACAUUGACAGUUGUGACAGUAAUUAAAUAUUUGAUAAUGAUCAUUUUUGAUUAGCGUUCGAACAACCGGCCCUAAAAGAACUUCGAAAUGGCGAUUGUUGAAAGUUAAAAAGUCAAUUUAUUGCUACGUAAACUGCAAAAUAAUUUACAAAAUCGUUAUUUCUUAUUAUCUAUUAUUAAAAUUACCUAGACCUUUGGUAUUUUACUCAACAAACUCUCAAAAUUUCAGAAGAAUCCAUCAAUUAGGUUAAAAAUUAUAUUCUACAGUAAAACCUCCGUUAACCGAAACCUUUUUAACCGAAACAUCUUUUAACCGAAAUGGCUAUAUAAUAAAUAUAGCUACAAAACAUCGUUGUCAAAGCAAAACACAAAAGAAAAUAGAAGAUUUUUAUUGCUUUGUUCUGUAUUUACAUAUUAGAAAACAUUUACUCCAGGAACCGAAGCUUUUCACCUCGCAAUUUUUACAGAAUGGAUCGAUUUGCUUGAAAAUUUGAGAAUACAAUACAAUACAAUACAAAAAGUUUAUUUUGCCAAAAAAACAGAAUAUUACAAUAUACAACAGAGAAUAUACAAAACGUUUUUAGACAAAAAAGGAUCUUCUCACGAUUAUAAAACCGAUUACAAAAAGUCCACCACAAAGGUAGACCUUUGCGAAAAGACCCCACUGAGAAGUAAUAUUUACUAUAAGACAAAAGAAAAAAUUAAUAAACUAAACCAAAACUGAACUGUGUUGAAGGAGAAGGGCAUUAACAAAUCAAAUACGAUAAUAUUUAUAAUAUAACUUCUAGACCCAACGAAAAAGUGCCAAGGACGAGAAGCCGGACAGUGUGCAGAUUCUCGACAGCUGGAUAGAUGGUAGAAAAAUAGUUGUUAAUAAUUUAAUUUAGUUAAGUUGUUCUUGUAAUAACAUGUUUCUUAUAUACUUUCUAAAUUUAACCAGAGACAAGUUUUUUGUUCUUUUGACAGCCCGUUCCACAUUUUGACAGCUAGAUAAGAAAAUGAUUUUUGGAAAGCCGCAGUUCUGUGACGCGGAAGAAGAAAUGUUCCAGUGUUCCGUGUAGUAUGUAUUCUAGACAAAUCUGAAAAUUUUUCAUUUAAAUAUGGAGGUUUCCCAGUCUUAACAAUUUUGUAUAUAAAAUUAUACAUAUGUUGCCUCCUUCGAUAAACCAUUUUGAGGAUGUUAUGUUGAUUAAGGUAAGGUGUUACAUGGCGAUUAUACGGAAUUCUAUAUGAAAAUCUUACACAACUAUUUUGGAUUUUUUGGAUUGACUUUUUAAGUAACCAAGAUAUAGAGUCGCCAUAAACAACGUCACCAUAAUCAAACAGGGACAAGACAAGAGUAUUGCAAAGAUAAUAUUUUUGUUUAGAUGUUAAGUAUUUUUUUAUUUUAUAUAAAUUUUUUAAUCUGAGAUAUCCUGCAGUUAACUUUUUCUUUACAUGUUUUUGGAAAGAAAGUUCAUUAUCAAAGAUAAUACCCAAAUUUUUUGCAUGUUUUACAAUGGGGAUUGGAUUGUUAUUAAUGUUAAUUUGUAAUGUAUUUUCGAUAAGCUCUCUGGCAUUUUUAUUCUCUGGCAGAAUAAGUAGUGGAUAGUCCAAGGAUCAAAAUCUAUAAGAUGCCGAAAGGCGCUUUUACCAUAGGGGUGGUUGCCACCCCAUCUCGGGGGUGGAAAUUUUUUAUUAUAUUUUCACCGCAAAAGUUGAUAAAAUCAUUCAUUCUAAGCAAAAAUUGUUCUAUACAUUUUUUUUGAUAAAAUUAGUAGUUUUCGAUUUAUUCGCUAUCGAAAGUGUUAGUUGUAUACCUGUCUAAAAAAUCAAUCUUUUUCGAUAUACUCAUUUACGAUUCACUCAAUUUUUGCCGUAGAAAAAAAUUUUUCAACCAUGUUCUUGGGAAUUAAAUAACCUACAAUUUCAUAUUUAAACAUUUUUUCGUAUCUCUGAUGCUAAUCUUUCUAUUCUGAAGAAAAUUGCAUUUUUUACCAAACUACAAAAAUUCGUUAUUCGCUUUUAACUCCAGUUUUUUUUAAAACUAAUCAUUCUAAGCCAGUCAAACUUCUAGAAUCUAUUAAUAAUACAUAAAUAAAGAAGACUGAAUAAAGUCAAUGACUAAAAACACCGCCAACUUACAUUAUUAUGCUUCCAAUUUAAUUUCUCCUUUUUUCUCAAAAAAUAUUGAUUUUUUAACUUGUAACUUUUUUAUUUUUAUCUUAGAAAGUUUGCUAAAAAAUAAUUUUGUAGGUUUUUACAAGAUCUAUAAGGCUAUUAAUAUUAAAUCCUUUUAAAAUCCUCAGUCGCAAAAAGAGGUGACUUUGAAAGGGUUGGUAAAGGUGGUUUUUGUAUGUUAUUACAAGUUUUAGUUGUCAAUAGCUCACUCAAUUUUUGCCGUAGAAAAAAUUUUUGCAAACCAUGUUCUUGGGAAUUAAAUAAGCUACAAUUUUAUAUUUAAACAUUUUUUCGUAUCUCUGAUGUUAAUCUUUUUAUGAUUAAUUAUUUAUAUGGGAAAUAAGCCACAAUUAAAAUGAAAAAAAUAAUUUUAUUAACGUUUCGACGCCCAAAUCGGGUGCCGUUGUCAAAAUACAAAAUAUUACUGUAAUAUUUUGUAUUUUGACAACGGCACCCGAUUUGGGCGUCGAAACGUUAAUAAAAUUAUUUUUUUCAUUUUAAUUGUGGCUUAUUUCCCAUAUAAAUAAUUAAUCAUAAAAAUGCCACAAGGAAAUAGCUUCAGAACAACGUUAAUCUUUUUAUUCUGAAGAAAAGGGCAUUUUUUACUAAACUACAAAAAUUCGUUAUUCGCUUUUAACUCCAUUUUUUUAAAAACUAAUCAUUCUAAGCCGAUCAAACUUCUAUAACCUAUUAAUAUAAUACAUGAAUAAAGAAGACCAAAUAAAAUCAAUGACUAAUUUUAAUUAGGGUGGUGAUUAGGGGGUUGCCUCCGAUCACUUUUUCGCAGAAAAAAAUAGGGACUGACAUUCCUUUCAUUAUAAGUCACUUGAUUUUUGAGCUAGGGACUUUUUUUAUUUCUGGAGAUAGAUAUUUUUAAAUACUUUAAAUUAGCUUAAAUAAGCUUUCCUCGAAAAAUGCAUAGUUUUCCCGUCUUUUGACUUUGAAACUACAAUACCUAGCAUUUGACCAAGAAGAGCUAGCAUAUAAUAAAGUAUAGCCCGAUUACUAUUGAUUUUAAAGAAUAUUAAAAAAACUGUUUUGUUUAUUUUUCAAAAGGUACAUUGUUGUUAAGUAAAGUUGUUUUGAUAAAACGAAAACUUUUUGAGCUAUUAGCAGAAAACUGAUUAAAAACAUUGAUUUUUUCGAUAUAAAAGUGACACUUUCGAUAGCGAAUAAAUUGAAAAAUAUUAAUUUUAUCAAAAAAAUUUAUAGAAUGUUUUUUGCUUAGAAUGAAUGUUUUACGAACUUUUGCUGUCAAAAUGUAAUAAAAAAUUUCCACCCCGAGAUGGGGUGGCAACCACCCCCAUGGUAAAAGCGCCUUUCGGCAUCAUAUAGAUUUUGAUCCUUGGACUAUCCACUACUUAUUCUCAAAUUUUCAAGCAAAUCGAUCCAUUCUGUAAAAAUUGCGAGGUUUUGUCGUAUUUUAAGCUUCAUUACGUGGACUAAUAAUUACGAAAUCACCUCAUAGAAUUUUUUAAAAUCAACUUUGACCAAGAAUACUAUGUACUUAAUUUGAUACAAGAAGAAUACAAAAAACAGUGUUACAUACUUUUAACCGAAAUUCUUGUUAUCCGAAACGGCCUUCCCCCAGUUAUUUCGGUUAACGGAGGUUUUACUGUAUUUGUUUAUCCCAAAGACCUUUUUUGCAAGUCAGAAAAUAAUAAAGAUACGGUAAUUAUACGCAUGUCAAAUAAAAGUUUAAGAGUUAAAAAGUCAAUAUGCAUCAAAAAGUGUUAAAAACAUCGUUUUUAUAACAAAAAAUCGCUUUGCAAAAUUAUUGUUAUUUUUAACGUAUAAACAAUUAUUAGAAUAACCCAUGAGCUAUUAUUUGUAGACGAAAUAUUUUACCAUAUCUAUUUAAAAAGUUGACAAUUUUUCACGCAUUUAAACACAAUACAAACUCACCCUAGAACGAUUAGGGAAAAAGUAGGGAUGAGAUAAUAUUCAGUAUUGUCUGUGACUGCUAAAAAUGAGGCUGAAAUUAAAAUUAGUUGAACCAUGUUAGAGGGAACUAAAAAUGCAAGAGUCCAAAAAUAGUAAUGAUCUUCAAAAUACUGAAGUUUCUUUUUAUUGGGUUCUAGUCGAUAGAUUUUGAUCUUUUUUAAUUCGUAUGUACUUUUUGCGUACAUUACAAAUAUGCAAUGUUUUAAUAAUAUUAUUAAUGAACAAAAAAAAAUAAUUUGUUUAAACAGGUAAAAAAUCAUAUUUUCUCAAAAACUUCUAUUUUUUUAUUCAAUUCUAAUUAAUCGUCUACUCCUAUAAGGAUAAAACAUGUCUGUAUCUUUAAAAUUAAAGUAACUUUUUUUAAUUGUUGUAAACAAAUUAAUGGAAAUUAAAAAACUAUUCCUACUUUUUGUCUAAUCGUCCCAGAAUAACUAUCCAUUUCUUUCAUGUCAUUAAAUAAUUUUAAAACAAAAUUUUUGCAUUAGAAUUUUUAAAUAAAAUAGUUAAUUUUUUUUAAUAUAAGUAUGUUGAAGUAUAAAUCUUCUACUUUCAUUUGGCUUCCGUAGAAUUGUAUUAUUAUUAUGUUAUUGCAAAAAAGAUAUCUGGGAUAAACAAAUGGAAUAAUUUUGAAACCAAUUGAUGGAUCUCAAAGGUUUGAGAUCCAAUUUGCGGGGUCUCAAAUUUUGAAGGUUUGUUAAGUACUCCAAUACUCAGCUUUGGGUGAAAUACCAAAAUUAUCAGUUAAUUUUAAUAAUAGUUAUUAACACAUAACGUUUUUGUCUUAUUAUUUGAGAAGCAACAAAUUGACUUUUUAACUUUUUUAAGUUUUUAAAAAAUCAAAUUUUGUAAUUUUAUGUCAACUAUUUAGCUUUAUAAUGAGGCGCAAAAUAUUAUUAUUGUGUAUUAUUGUGUAUUGUAUAAUUAUGUAUUAUUAUGUAUUAGCAACGCUAUUAGUAAUUAAAAAACGGCUCCGAACUAUUGGCAGGAAACAGGUAGGUUUUUUUUCUAUAGGUCUACAAUAACUAAAAAAGGUGUCAGAUAACUGGAUUGUUCAAAAUCCUAAAAAAAUCUGUUUUCCCUGGACUAGAAGUAGUUUGACCGGAGGUUGUUUGUUGUAGAGGUUAAAGAGUGAAUGUUGUAUUAUUUGAAAAAUGUGUUUAUGUAGUUGUUGCUGUACCUAUCGCUAAUAUAUUCAUAAUUUAUU